AUGCGCGACCUCGGUACGGACUAUACGCGGUAUUUCAACCCCUUCACGGACAGUCCCGGGACCUUUUUCGCCAAUAAAUCGACGUCACUAAGUUCCAAAUAUGCUCCAUCCUUUCGCACAGCUACUCCACUAGAAGCCUCUAAACCCGCCAACCCCUUUCUUACACCGAACACUUCGACAACGAAGCUGAAUACGGACUACGACGCUGAGAAAAAUGUAUCCCUAAUUGACGAUCGAUUAAGCGCGCCGUAUGACGAGAAAGGUAGUUUAGCCUGGCCGCUUUGGGGAGAUGGGGCAGAAGAAGAUGAUGACAUGCACCUCCCCAUGCCGGACGACGACGUUCGAUACAAAGCCAGAUGGAAAGACCACUUUUCAAGGGCAAAUAUCGCGUCAACUAUCGGGCUGUUUCUGAUGAUCUUUGGAUUGCUAUUUAUCUUCAUCGCGUUACCCAUACUGUCCUAUUCCGGGGUCAUCGAUUUCACAUCAGGGUAUGAGACGCCGCUGGAUCAGAUGCCGGGCAGGCAGCCGACAGCGGAGGAAUGGGCCACUGUCAACGCAAAGGCGUACCCAUAUUUGAAGAAUAUCAGGACCGGCCUGAUAGACCCCGACACUCCUGACCACGCGAUGAGCAAGACGGGCGAGAACGGGGAUGAAUAUGAGCUCGUCUUCAGCGACGAGUUCAACGACAAUAAUCGCACGUUCUACGAAGGGGAUGACCCAUACUGGACCGCACAGGACCUUUGGUACGGUGCGACUCAAGACUUGGAAUGGUAUGAUCCGGACGCAGUAACGACGUGGGACGGCGUAUUGGAGAUACGGCUAGACAAGUUCGUCAAUCAUGGCCUCAACUAUCGCUCUGGAAUGCUAAAUAGCUGGAAUCAACUUUGCUUCAAAGGAGGCAUCUUCGAAGUAUCAAUGUCUUUACCGGGCCCCGCUGGUGUCAUGGGGCUGUGGCCUGGUGUGUGGACCUUGGGUAACUUGGGGCGACCGGGAUACGUGGCUACGACAGAUGGUCUGUGGCCGUAUACGUAUCAAGCUUGCGAUGCUGGAAUCACGCCAAAUCAGUCAAGCUAUGACGGCUUGUCUCGCUUGCCUGGGCAAAGACUCCCAUCCUGCACCUGCCCCGGACAAGAUCAUCCGACCCCAGGGACCGGUAGAGGAGCGCCCGAGAUCGACAUCGCAGAAGUUGGCGUCAGCUACCCACCCAUUAGUCUCCCUGUGGCUACGCAGAGCUAUCAAGUCGCACCCUUCGACAUAUGGUACUAUCCCGACUACGAGUUCACCGCCUUCCCCGACCAACGUCUCAGCUACACAAACGCCUACACAGGUGGCCCCUACCAGCAAGCGAUCUCAGCUACGACGAAUCUCAACAAAGAAUGGUUCGACGGCAAAGCCUACCAACGCUACUCGUUCGAGUACGCGCCCGGCGAAGGUGAAGACGCGUACAUUGUGUGGAAAGUCGGGGGCCAAACCAUGUUCAUUCUCGACGGGCGCGCCAUCGGGCCAAACGGCAACAUCCAGGCUCGGCAGAUAUCGGAGGAGCCGAUGUCGUUGGUUCUGAACUUGGGCUUUAGCAAUUCGUGGACGGCGAUAGAACUGGGCAGACUGGUGUUUCCGACCGUCCUGCGCGUUGACUAUGUGCGGUGGUAUCAGAAGAAGGGUGAGGAGAGCGUGACGUGCGAUCCGCCUGGGUUUGAGACUACGCAGUACAUCAAGGAGCAUAUGGAUGCGUAUACGAAUCCGAAUUUUACGAAAUGGGAGCAAGCCGGUUACUCAUGGCCGAAGCACAAGUUGAACAGCAACUGCUGA